AUGUCUUCCCAAGAAACGAAAGAACAAGCUACAAAGAGCUUUUCAGAAGUUUUUCCCAUUCUCACCGAAGAAUUUUUGACGGAAAAUUUUUAUCAUAAUGUUCCCGGAGGAAAGAUGAAUAGAGGAUUAUCUGUCGUUGAUACACUCAAGAUCUUAAAGAAUGAUCAAUUAACCGAAGAAGACCUUUUUAAAUCUCGAGUUUUGGGAUGGUGCGUCGAGAUGCUUCAAGCAUUCUUUCUCGUUGCUGAUGACAUCAUGGAUGCAUCGUACACACGUCGUGGAAAUCCAUGUUGGUACAAAAUGGAAGGCGUUGGUCUGAUUGCGAUUAAUGACUCAUUCAUUCUGGAGUCUGCUAUUUAUUUUUUUUUGAAAAAGUAUUUCCGUCAAGAUCCAUAUUACAUUGAUUUGGUUGAAUUGUUUCAUGAGAUCACAUUUGAAACCGAAUUAGGACAACUUUUGGAUUUAACAAUUGCCCCCGAAGAUAAUAUUGAUUUGAAUAGAUUUUCAAUUGAUAAAUACCAAUCCAUUGUACUUUAUAAAACUGCUUUUUAUUCAUUUUACCUUCCAGUUGCACUUGCAAUGCACAUGGCUGGAAUUAAAAAUGAAAAGGCUUUUAAAGCGGCAAAAGAGAUUUUGUUACCAUUGGGCGAAUAUUUUCAAAUUCAAGAUGAUUACCUUGAUUGUUUUGGAGAUCCAAAAUAUACAGGAAAGAUCGGAACCGAUAUCCAAGAUAAUAAAUGCUCUUGGUUAGUUAAUCAAGCAUUAGCAAAAGUUUCCUCUGAACAACGUAAAUUAUUAGAAGAAAAUUAUGGAAAGAAAAAUCUAGAGAAUGUUGCAAUUAUUAAACAAAUUUAUAAGGAUCUAGAACUUGAGAAAUUAUAUAAGGAAUAUGAGGAACAAUCUUUUAAUAAAUUAAACGAUUUGAUUUCACAAUUAGAUGAUUCCCUUAUUAAUCGUCAAGUAUUUAUUACUUUUAUGAAUAAGAUUUAUAAGAGAACUAAAUAA